ACCUUAUUCGUCUCCAUGUUGGUUUUGGCGAUGCAUCUUUUCACUCGUACAACAAAAACGGAAUUCUGGUGACCUCGGAGCUUUUCGGAGAUGUCGAUUAGUCUCGAAAAAUAUGAAGAAGUGAGUUAGAAGAAUUGAAGACCAACAUGCAGCGUGCUCCAAGAUUGCGACCUCAGGUUCGCCUGGACACCAAGUGGCUGAAGACAGACAUACAGGCUGCCUUCUCUCAUGAUGGGCUGAGUCAGUUGUGGAAUGAGUUGGUCAAAGACAGGGAAAUAGUUAGUGAUGUCAGUGAUGGGAUUCUGAACAGUGCUGGGCUAUUGGCCAAGAAAGGUGAAACCGGCAGGUAUUACUGUGGUGCCAAGGUGUUGUCUUGUGCCUGCUGCGAUAGUCACUGUGGUCCAAACAAUGGCUGCAACUGUCCAGCCUGCCAGAAACUUGACCAAGAGGAGAAAGAAAGAAAAGAAGAAGAGGCAAAGAUGCCGAAACCAUCCCACUCCAUUAUAGAUUCCUGGACUUGGGGCCAGCAACCAGACUCGAAUCAGUUGAAUGCUUGCCUUCACUCCCUUCUUCAUGAGCACCAUCAACUGGUGAGUGAUGCCGCGGGCACCACUCUGUCCGCCAUGAGACUCAAACAGAGGCUGGUGGUGCUGGAAAGAUAUUUCACAGCCUUGUCUCGCCACAGUCCCUCUGAGGGCAAAUCUCCAACAAGAAAAAAGCAGACAAUUCAAACCAACAUGGACAAAAAGAAAAGCUCUCAGAAACCUGUGGAGAAAGCCACUAUGGGUUUAGCAAGGGUGGGCUCCAGAGCUGCCCUCAGUUUCGCUUUCGCAUUCCUACGCCGCGCUUGGAGGUCUGGAGAAGACGCAGAUUUGUGUAGCGAACUUCUCCAAGAAUCUCUGGAUGCUCUCAGAGCAUUGCCAGAAGCUACUCUGUUUGAUGAGAGCACGGUGUCACCAGUUUGGAUGGAGGUGGUGGAAAGAGCAUCCAAAUUUCUGCGCUCUGUUGUAGCAGGUGACCUGAAUGGAGCCGCCACAGCCAAAGGGUCAGGCAAGGUCCCCAUCCAGGACCAGCAGAUAGCACUGGCUUUGCUGUUAGAGCUGGCCGUCCAGCGUGGCUCUCUCAGCCAUCUGCUCGGUGCAGUCCACUUGCUGCUCAACCUGUGGAACAACAGCAAGUAUGACCAUGACAACAGGAGCUGUGGACUCAGUAGUGCCCCUCUUGUCCCUCUUUUGAAGAGGUUCAAUGAGAUUCAGUCGCAGAAGUCCCACUCUGCAUGGGACCAUGGGAAAAUGGAUGAGUCCAACUACAGCUUCAGUCCCACGGAGUGUUUUCUCCGAUACCUCUCCAUUCCAGAGGAUGAAGACAUGCUGCUGGACCUCAGACAGUGUGCUGUGGUCAUUGUGUCACAUCUUGACCGCCUCUCUGGACCUUACAACCCUCCACAAGAAAGCCACAAGUCAAACAGCAGUCGAGUAACUCAGGAGGUACUUGGAUGGGGCUGGCUAGCAUGGACGGUGGGCACUAGCAAAACUGGACCUCAGCUUGUCCAAGCUCUCAGUGACCUGGGGGGUAUCCAGCAGAUAGUUUGUGGAGAGAGGGCGCUGUUGGCACUGACCAAGACAGGCAAGGUUUUCAGUUUGUACUACACCUCCGAGGCACAGAAUGUACAGGCUGUGGAAGGGUUUGGUGAUAAAGAUAUCGUGAAGGUUGUGGCCCACCCUGACGGCAAGCAUUUCAUGGCUCUGUCCAGUGAUGGGGAUGUUUUCGCCUGGGGAAAUGGAGAUGGUGGAAGACUUGGUCUAGGAGAUAACAAUUCCAGGGACCAGCCUGUCCAAAUCAACUCCCUCAGUGGCAAGCACGUUGUCAACAUCAGCUGUGGGAGCACAUACAGCGCUGCUGUCACAGCAGACGGAGAACUGUACACGUGGGGGCGGGGUAACUAUGGCCGUCUGGGACACGGCAGCAGCGAGGAUGUCACCGUUCCCACCCUGGUUGCCUCUCUGAAGGAGCAUAAGGUGGUGGACGUAGCCUGCGGGAGUGGGGAUGCACACACACUGGUGGUUACUGAUGAUGGUUCUGUGUUCUCCUGGGGUGAUGGGGACUAUGGCAAGCUGGGCAGAGGUGGCAGUGAGGGCUGCAAGAGCCCCAAGCUGGUGGAGAAACUGCAGGGUCUGGACAUAGUACGGGUGUACUGUGGAGCACAGUGUAGUCUGGCUCUGUCUAAGGCAGGAGCUGUCUACUCAUGGGGUAAAGGAGAUAAUUACAGACUCGGCCAUGGCACAGAGGAGCAUGUACGCCACCCAAAACAACUGGAGGCCAUGUCUGGUAAGAAGGUAGUGGACAUUGCCGUAGGUCCAACACACUGCCUGGCCCUUACAGAGGACGGGGACGUGUACAGCUGGGGGAGAAAUGACCAGUCCCAACAGGGAGAUGGACACAGUAGCACCAAGACUGACCCCGGUGUGGUGACCCACCUGCAGGGGAAACAUAUCAUAGGGGUGGCUUGUGGACCCGGACAGAGUUUUGCCUGGUCAUCCAGCAUGCAGUGGUCAGUGGGGGCCAGAGUGCCAUUUGUGGUGGACCUGUGUAAGUCCACCUUUGAGCAGCUGGACAGACUACUGGACAGUGUGUGUGAGGGGAUGGACGGCCGAAGUGACUGGCCGCCGCCACAAGAGAAAGAAUGUAUGGCAGUCGGGGCGCUGAAUCUUCUGAGUCUGCAGCCUGUCCAAAUCAACUCCCUCAGUGGCAAGCACGUCGUCAACAUCAGCUGUGGAAGUACGUACAGCGCUGCUGUCACAGCAGACGGAGAACUGUACACGUGGGGGCGGGGUAACUAUGGCCGCCUGGGUCACGGCAGCAGCGAGGAUGUUACCGUCCCCACCCUGGUCGCCUCUCUGAAGGAGCACAAAGUGGUGGACGUGGCCUGCGGGAGUGGGGACGCACACACACUGGUGGUUACUGAUGAUGGUUCUGUGUUCUCCUGGGGUGAUGGGGACUAUGGCAAGCUAGGCAGAGGUGGCAGUGAGGGCUGCAAGAGCCCCAAACUGGUGGAGAAACUGCAGGGUCUGGACAUAGUGCGGGUGUACUGUGGAGCCCAGUGUAGUCUGGCUCUGUCUAAGGCAGGAGCUGUCUACUCAUGGGGUAAAGGAGAUAAUUACAGACUCGGCCAUGGCACAGAGGAGCAUGUACGCCACCCAAAACAACUGGAGGCCAUGUCUGGUAAGAAGGUGGUGGACAUCGCCGUUGGUCCAACCCACUGCCUGGCCCUUACAGAGGACGGGGACGUGUACAGCUGGGGGAGAAAUGACCAGUCCCAACAGGGAGAUGGACAUAGUAGCACCAAGACUGACCCCGGUGUGGUGACCCACCUGCAGGGGAAACAUAUCAUAGGUGUGGCUUGUGGACCUGGACAGAGUUUUGCCUGGUCAUCCAGCAUGCAGUGGUCAGUGGGGGCCAGAGUGCCAUUUGUGGUGGACCUGUGUAAGUCCACCUUUGAACAGCUGGACAGACUACUGGACAGUGUGUGUGAGGGUAUGGACGGCCGCAGUGACUGGCCGCCGCCACAAGAGAAAGAAUGUAUGGCAGUCGGGGCACUGAAUCUUCUGAGUCUGCAGCUGUAUGCAGCAAUAUAUCAAGAGGAAGAUGCUGAGAACCUGGGGCUAAACCCUGGUAGCAGACUUAUCACUAGUCUCAAGCAGAGAAUUAUUGCCCUGGCAACCAAUAGUGGUGUCAUAGCAACGGUGCAGUCUGCAGCACAGUCAGCCCUGCAGAAUGGUUGGUCAUUAUUACUGCCAACUGCAGAAGAGAGGGCUAGGACAUUGAGCACACUCUUGCCCACAGGAGGAUCCAGAGACAUGGCAGUAUUAAGUCCUGGUCAGCGAUUCAUGACAGAUCUAUUGGUCAGCAGCCUAAUGGCCGAUGGUGGACUAGAGAUGGCCCUCAGGACAGCCAUUAAGAAGGAGAAAGAGGGGAUCGAGGAGAAAACAGAAAAGGACACAGAAAAAGAACCAGACGACAUGGACAAAAUUGGACAGGCAACCAACAUGUUAAAGUCAGAAGAAGCUCUUCUAGAGGAGGAGGCACAGAAGUGCCAAGAUAUCCAAGUAGAUGGCGAUUCAUCCAUACCUUUGCUACAAUUAGUGCAGCAGCUUUUGAGAAAUGCCUCUACUCAGAUGCUUUCGAGACUGAAUGAGCUGUCUCAGGACCCUCAGGUGAAAACAGAAGCUUUGGACCUUUCAGACAACAUUGCUUCCAUCAACUUACUGCUCCAGUUUCAAAGACUGCUCAUGGCAAAGAUUUUCCCGAGGGAGGAGUUCAAAGAGAAGAAGGGGUCAAUGGAGAUAGAUGCAGAGCUGCUUGGUGCUGGGUCACUACUGAGGAAAUAUGUUCAUCUCUUGGUGGCUCAUGUUGCAGACAUACUCCCUCUGGCGGCUAGUUUGGCAGGAUAUUCUAGCAAAUAUUUUUCAUUGGUUGCCAAGGUGAUAAGUGCUGAUGUCACAGGUGUGCUUUUGCCAGAGCUAAUCACCAGUGCAGUGUUACUCCAGACAAUCUCCCCAGCAGUGAUCAAGGCUUCAGGUUGUAUCCCACUGCUAGAGGCACUACUGCCCAUACUAGACAAAUUUAACAGGCUGGCUCCUGGUUUAGAGAAAGAUGACAAGGAGGAUAUGGCAUGGCCUGGAAUAAUGGCCACUUCUGUGGAAAAGCAGAUACAGCACCACCUAGAGGAUGUUCCCGUAGUUAGAAAAUCUGAUUUAGAAAACCAUAAUAAAGAUGGCGGCCUGUGGAUUGUGAUCCAUGGCAAAGUUUAUGAUGUCCAGGACUUUAAGGCUCAGGCACAGUGUGGAGAGGAGAUCCUGAUGCAGUAUGCAGAAUCUGCUCGUGAAAUGAUGGAAACCUUUUUUGUGGGACAGUACAUAGAUCCUGAACAUGAUCUCAUCCAAUCAACACCCAGCAAUGCAGUUUCUUCUCCCCUGAUGGACACAGAGAGGACACUGGGACUUUUACUUGGACUCCAUGCGUCAAGUCUGGCCCGAGGUACUCGCCUGUCUGCACAAGAGGAGGAGAGCAAGCAGUGGCUGGAGUCAGAGUUUUUUGCUGGAGGAUUACAGGUGCUACAGCCACAGAAUCCAUUUGAGGAGGAGAAGGGAGAAAGUAGGACACCCAGUUCCUGCACCACCACUCCUGGCCAUACCCCAACAUCAGAACAGAAACAACUCCAUGCAUCCCUCAAUGAAAAACAGCAGCUAUUAGAGCACCAGGAUUCCCUGGCUGAUGCAUCGAAGCCCUUUCUGCAGUCCUUGGCCGAUGGGGGUCUGCAGGAGCACACUGUCCAGUCCUUCAUGGGCUACGUCAGCCGUUAUGCCAAGCACCACCAUCUUGUCAUGCCCAUUGAGUUUCCUAAUGAUCAUCCUGUGGAAGAAGUCGCCAGACGUUUGAUGGCAGUGCUGUUAAAGCAUCAUGACCUGGGGCACGUGGCCCUGGGGCUGGUAGAACAUGGGCUGAGUGAGUCUGGGAACAAGUUUGGACUCCCAAGGUCCAUAGCCGAGGUCUGCAAAACUGUGUUUCAAGUCAAAAGAUCUCUCAUCAAGAUUCAUCAAGAUCUCAGUCGUUCAUACAAGGAGGUGUGUGCACCUGUGAUCGAGCGCUGCAUGUUCCUGUUCAAUGAGCUGCGUCCUGCCAUGGGGAACGAGGUGCACACGAUGGAGAAAUCCAAGAUGCUGAAAAGUAAACCACGUUGGGUGGAGGUGACCAAGAGGAUGAUUGCGGAAAAGAGGAAAGUGAAAUUGGCCAGUCCGCCCUCUCCCCCACAGCCACAGGCCUCAGGAAGUGCGGACAACUCCAGUCCAGUUCAUCCUGAGGACGUCACGCUGGUCAUCAAAGAGGAGGACCUGAAACUGGAGGUCAAGGACAUGUGGGAGGUCAACUCGAGUAAAGGUCAACCUUCAAGUGUCAAAUGUCAGGGGGUCAAAGUUCAUGAGGUCAAGAUUGAAGAGCCCAUAGGUCAGGUGAUGGAAUCAAAAGAUACACCCAGGAAGAGAAGAGUGAAUGAACUCUGGGACUUGGUGUACUAUGCUGUGUCCAGUCACAGAGAGCGUAUGUGGCUGAAGCAGAGGCUGACUGGCAGUAUUGUCCACCCUACCCUUAUGACCAGGAUUGUAGAGUUUGUCCUCUAUGAGGAUCCCAUUGAUAUUGAGAUGUUGAGGACAUCGCUGCACCAUCAGGUUGAGAGAGCGGAGUCCAGACUGACUGGCAUCCAGAACAUGCUGACCUUGGUCCACAAGGACUUCCUGAUCCCCUCAGUCAAGUAUAACAUACUGUGUGGAUGGCAGGGCAGCAUUGCAGCAGAGAGGAAGUGCAGUGACAGCAGCAUCAACUGCCUCUCCAACGUGAACUUGAUCCCGCCCUGUGAUAGAAUCCUCCUGGAAAUGAUGUUCUCAGAGCUGAACAAGUGGGUGGUGAAGACCUUGAGGAGUUGUAUCAUAGAGGCUGAUAUGUUCUUCAAGGCACACAGCCUGCCUGCCUCUCAUACCCAGGAUAAUAGCAAGGUUUGUGUGGAGGAUAUAAGUCUUGGUGUGCUGCCAGUGGCCAGGUUUCUGUUGGCAACUCUCAGCUUACUUCUCACAGAGCAUCAGGCUAAUGGUAUCAGCAUGCUUAUCAACUCUGGUCUCCUGGCUCUGACACAGAGUCUACUCAGAUUGGCAGGCCCAGAUCUUGAGACCAUACCCCAGCAGAGCUGUAACUCUCUGUGUGCUGUGCUGGAGGAGUCCCAGAAACAGAAGCGUACCCAGCCAGUGCCUCUGUCUGGACCAGAGCUGGCAGCCAUGAUGAAAGUGGGCACCAGGGUGAUGCGAGGAGUGGAUUGGAAGUGGGGAGACCAGGAUGGGCCCCCACCCAGUCUUGGUCGUGUGAUAGGAGAGCUUGGAGAGGAUGGCUGGAUCAGAGUUCAGUGGGACACAGGCAGUACUAAUUCCUACAGAAUGGGGAAGGAAGGGAAGUAUGAUCUGAAGCUGGCUGAGCCUCCACAGAUGUCCACUGAAGAGGAUGAGGAAGAAGAUGAUGAUGUUGUAGCAGACAAUGAGAGAAGAGAGCGUAAACAUCCCACUGCCCUGCUCCGUUGUGUGACCACACAGCUCCUGAAGAGUGUGGCCAUAAUGACCAGCGUCCAUGCGGAGCAGGUCUUGGAGGAGGCCAUCUGUACACUGUGUGGACUGGUCAGAAAUAUUGUGGAGGCCGGGUGUAACAGUGGCCUCAACACUAACUCCACCCAGAUACUAAUUGCCAGAGAGCAGUACUACAGCUGGGGCAGCCUGGGCUUUAUCUCCAGUCUGGCACACAGUCCCAGUCUGUGUAAGGCCCUCAGCACACACCCCUGGAUCCAACUCCUGAUUAGAAUACUCACUGAGGACCAGGACCCCUCUGAGCCAAGGAAUUUGCCUAGACAGAUUUUAACACUACGUUUGCUGAGAAGAGUGCUGCCAGCCUGGGACAGUGGAGUGGACAGGUCUAAGAUGACAGAAGUUAUCAGCAGACUGUUCAGUCUUUUGGGACAUGUUUUGAUGACCUGUGAUUCAGAUCCAACCCUCACUACACAGGAUUCUUAUUCCAAGGCCAGUAAAAAGAUCAAGGCCCCUGUUUCCCUGACUGCCUCUUACUCCAGUACAAUAGCUGAGGAGGUGGUGAGUCUUCUACGCUGCCUUCACGGCCAUGAUGCCUGGAACCCUCAUAUCAAUAAGUUUUUAUGCAACCAGUUAGGCACCGUUGCUGAACUGCUCACUGGGAAACAGGACACCACAGCCAGUAGUGUGUACAAGUCCAUCUUGGCCGUCUUGGCAGUGAUAGGCGGGGUGGAUGACCGUGUGCGUUUGGGAGGACUGGCCACAUAUGAGGAAUGUGGUUUAGCUACUGUGUCUAGAAUACAUGUCAGAGGGAAGGUGACUCUACAGUUCCAUGAGAACAAGGAGAUCAGGACGUUUAAACUUUCUGAGAUUAAACCAAUAAAGUCCAGUCGUUUUCUGGUUGACCAGUUGCCCCUCACAGACAGUCUGUUACAGAUAUGGACCAAACUGGUCACCAUAAUGUCCACCACUAGGGAAAAGGACCACAUGACCAGUUUACAGGCAUCAACUGGGCCAGCAGAGGGAGCAUCUUCUGCUUCUGACAUGGUGCAGCUAAAACUCCUUCAAAUUCAACAGCUGAAACUUGGACUUCUGAAAGCUGCAAUAGCUCUGUUCAGUAAGCAAGAAAACCUGCGCAAGAUCCUACUCCAACCCAUUCCUGUAGACAGUGUAUCUGUGCAAGCCACUUCAGAUGUAGAUGGCAGCAGUGAUACUGGUGGCCAAGAGGACACUAGUCCAGAGAUUGAGUCUGGUCCCAAGUUUCUGAUGCAGCAGCUAAUGUUGGCAGCCACCCAACCCUCACAAGUCAAAGCUGUCUUUUCAAGACAGGAAUUAGAAGCUGCAGCCUUGGCAGUUUGUCAACACUUGACAGCUCAGGCCAACAAUCCAUACAGCAGUCAGAGCCAGGACUCCCUUAUGGCCAGUUCACACCUCAGCGACCUUGGUGCUGCUGCACCUGCCUCGGUUCUUGACAGCAACACCAAAGCAAACAACGAGCCUGCCCCACAGGCACCAAAGUUUACUCAAAAGCCCCAGGAAUCUCAGAUUGUUGCUAGGUUGCAGAAACCUAAGCGUAUAAAGCCGCCUAGUCCUCCUCCUGUGCCCGUUGUGGCUCAGUUGAUGGAGAUGGGGUUCGUUAGGAAAAGGGUGGAGAUGGCAUUGAAAGCUCUAGAAGGGGCCUGUGCCCCAGGUGCAGACACCCCCAGUGCAGAGACCUUGGUGGGCUGGUUACUAGAACACCACGAUGUCCAGCCCCCCUCCUCCUCCAGCGACUCUGACUCCUCUGUAGACCUGUGUUCUGAUUCGGAAUCCAUGUCUGAUGAGCUGGAGGACCUGGAUGGUGGAUAUGCUGAGGCGGUUGCCAUAGAACCUCCAUUGCCUGCCACGCCAUACAAACGCAGAUCAGAGUUUGCUAACAAUGACGAGUACGCCAUCUAUCUCAGUGACCACAUCCAAGUGGGCAUGAUGGUCAGGUGCUGCAGGACAUACGAAGAAGUGCAUGAAGGAGAUAUUGGGAAAGUUAUGAAGCUUGACAGCGAUGGUCUUCAUGACCUGAACAUCCAGGCAGAGUGGCCCAGGAAGGGAGGUCUCUACUGGGUUAGGUACAUCCAUGUAGAACUGCUGGGAUUCAUACCUCCUGGACAACAGAUACCAGCAGUGACAACAGGGUCAUCAACAGCAGUAGCACUGCCCACAGCCACACAACAACAGAACAUCAAGGUUGGGGACAGAGUCCGGGUCAAGAGGAGCGUGACAACACCAAAGUACAGAUGGGGUUCUGUCACACAUAACAGUAUAGGAGUUGUCACAGCUAUUAGUGCCAGUGGUAAAGAUGUUACUGUGGACUUUCCACAACAAAGUCACUGGACAGGACUUAUGGCGGAGAUGGAACUGGUGCCCAGUGCUCAUCCUGGUGUCACAUGUGAUGGCUGUGGUCAGUUUCCCAUCAUGGGGCCGAGGUACAAGUGUAAAACAUGCUAUGACUUUGAUUUCUGUGAGAACUGUUUCAGAAGUAAACGCAGCCACAGGCAUGCCUUCAACAGGAUUGCAGACCCAGGUGGCCCUGCAAUCUAUGCUGGCAAACCUAGCCGUUACCGCAGUAGGUUUAACGACUCUAACAUCAGUGGAGGCGGCACAUCCGACUCAUACAUCGAUGACUGGCACAGGUGUGUCAAGUACCUGACAGUAUCAUCAAGAGAGAACCAGGCACACAGACUGAUAGAUGGCUCUGGAGGCUGCUGGCAAAGUUCGGGCUCACAGGGCAAGCACUGGAUCAAGCUAGAGAUGCAGCCAGACCUGAUUAUCACCAAGCUGACCAUGCGAGUUGAGCCCUCAGACUCCAGCUACAUGCCCAGUCUGGUGGUAGUCAGUGCUGGGGACACUGUCCACUCCAUGAAAGAGAUAAGGACAAUACAUGUGGGACAACUGGACACUACUGUUGUCCUGCUGCAGGACAUGGCAGAGUAUUUCAGAUUCAUCGAACUCUCCAUUAAGCAGUGCCGCAGCAGUGGCAUCGACUGUAAGAUUCACGGUCUCUCCAUCUCAGGGAGGAUGAGAGCCGAAGAGGAUGACAUGGCUGGAAACUUCCCUUUCCUGGAAUCGGAUGAAGAGGAGGAGGAGCAGACGACAAGCCAGCAGCAGACCAAGAAGGUGAAGCUGUCCAGUAACAAGGAGAUCCAGACUCAUGUAUUUGUGUGGGGGCUGAAUGAUAAGGACCAGCUUGGAGGGCCUAAAGGAUCUAAAAUCAAAAUGCCAGCUUUAAAUGAGUUUAACUCUUCCCUGAAGUGUAUCCAGAUAGCAGGGGGAUCCAAGAGUCUCUUCUGUGUAACUCAGGAUGGUAAGGUGUAUGCCUGUGGGGAAGCCACACAUGGCAGACUGGGUCUGGGUAUUACCAGUGGGAAUGUCUCCACUCCAAGACAGCUGGUCUCACUGAGCCAGUAUGUGAUCAAAAAGGUUGCAGUACAUUCAGGUGGUCGGCAUGCUCUUGCCUUAACUGUGGAUGGUAAGGUGUUUUCAUGGGGAGAAGGUGAUGAUGGAAAGCUGGGACACUUCAGUAGGUUCAAUUCUGAUAAACCUAAGCUGAUUGAAGCCUUAAGAUCAAAGCGUGUGCGUGACAUUGCGUGUGGGAGCUCUCACAGCGCAGCCAUUUCAUCUAAUGGAGAUCUGUACACGUGGGGCCUUGGGGAGUAUGGACGCCUGGGACACGGGGACAACUUAACACAGCUAAGACCUAAACAGGUGAAGGGUCUGGCUGGGAAGCGGGUGGUCCAGGUCGCCUGUGGAAGCAGAGACGCCCAGACCCUGGCACUGACAGAUGAAGGUCAUGUGUACUCUUGGGGUGAUGGAGAUUUCGGGAAACUUGGCCGCGGAGGUAGUGAAGGAUGCAGUGUGCCUCGCAUCAUUGAGAGACUGACAGGACUGGGGGUGAUACAGAUAGAGUGUGGGGCACAGUUCUCGCUGGCUUUGACCAAAGAAGGAGAGGUCUGGACAUGGGGUAAGGGGGAUUAUUUUCGCCUUGGUCAUGGCACAGAUGCCCAUGUGAGAAAACCCCAGCUCGUGGAGGGCCUGAAGGGCAAGAAAAUAGUUCAUGUGGCAGUGGGAGCUUUACACUGUCUGGCAGUGCAGGAUCAAGGACAGGUGUAUGCCUGGGGUGACAAUGACCAUGGUCAGCAAGGCAAUGGCACCACAACAGUCAACAAGAAGCCCGCUCUGGUCCAUGGACUGGAGGGGUAUAAGAUCACCCGUGUGGCCUGUGGGUCAUCUCACAGUGUGGCCUGGACACUGACCGAUAUGUCGGCUCCUUCCUCACACGAACCUGUCAUGUUUGGGACACCUAGGGAUCCACUGGGAGCAUCUGUUGUGGGUGUUGAAGAUAGUAGUUCCGAGGAAAGCCCUGUGUCACCCACCCCUAACAACGCCAUUGGAAAGAGCAGUGUCCGACCCUCUCUGACCAAGAUCAUUCUGUCCCAAGAAAGCAGCUAUUCCAAACAGCAAGCCCUCAAACAUAUUCUAACUGCACUGCAGAUUAUGUAUGCAAGAGGUGCUAUAGUGGGAGCACUGACCAAGGAGCCAGACACAGUCAGUGCAGUGCCAGGGCUGGACAACUGGAAGAUGACCACCCCGGCCAGUAUCUCCCCAGUGUCGGCCACUCCUGUGGAGAGCCCUAGGAGUCUCAGUGGGAGUGGGGAGCAAGAGCUACAGACAAUCCAGCAGAUGGCAGCAAUAGCACCCAUAAGGCCAGAGCACCUCCCAUCAUUCCAUGCUUUAGUGGCAGCCAGUCCCACCACCAGUAUACUGGCAGAGACAGUCACCUCAACAGAAGAGGUUGCCGAGCCAGAGGAGACAGACCACUCAACAUCCCACACUGACCUUGAUGACUUUACGGCCAAACUGACCGCCAACGAUGCCCGCAUGCUGGUUGAUCUCCUCAAACUGGCCGUAGCUGGUCGUGCCGGUGCUCACGGCAAGGAGGCGCUGUCUGGUGUGCUGAAGGCUCUGGGGAAGACUUACCCACAAGUCCAGGAGAUGUUGCUAGAACUGUGUGUGACGGAAUUGGAGGACGUGGCAGCGGAUCGAGAGUCGGUUCGAAAUGCUGCCCAGCCUGUGGUACAGGAGAGCUCGCACCCCUACACUGAUGAUACCUCACUCAGUGGCCAUGUGAAGAUACCAGGUGCUGAAGCUUUGCGAGUGGAAUUUGACCGCCAGUGUUCUACAGAGAGACGUCAUGACCCCCUCACUAUCAUGGAUGCCUCGGGCAGGACUGUCACUAUCAGAUCAGGGCGGGAGUGGUCUGACUGGUCUCAGGAGUUGAGAAUCAACAGCGAAGAACUCAGAUGGAAAUUCACCAGUGACGGCUCAGUGAAUGGCUGGGGAUGGCGCUUUACCGUCUAUCCCAUCAUGCCCUCUGCUGCUGCCCUGGAGCGCCUUUCUGACCGCACGGUGGAGUCCAGGCCCUCCAUUGACCUGGUCACUUGCCUGCUGGACCUUAAGCUGGAGGCCUCUAUGGACAAGACCAUUGUGACCAGACUGGCCGCAGCCCUGGCGGCUUGUGCUCAAUUAAGCUCACUUGGUGCUAGACAAAGAAUGUGGGCUUUACAGAAGCUAAGGGAACUGAUGACAACAAAUUUUGGUCCAAUGAUCAAUGUUAGUACCUUGAUGCAGGCUCCCUGCAGCCCUUUCUCAGACGGUUUGGAUGAACCAAGGCAAUCAUCUCUGAGUGGAACGGCUCUGGCCUCCCUGGUGAAAGGACUCCCUGAAGCUCUUCAAAGACAGUAUGAGUAUGAAGACCCCAUCGUCAGGAGUGGGAAACACCUCAUGCAUAGUUCCUUCUUCAAGGUGCUGGUUGCCCUUGCUUGUGACCUUGGCCUAGAUACUCUGUCUUGUUGCAUUGAAAUGCACAAAUGGUCGUGGUUCCGUCGUUACUGCAUGGCAGCACGUGUUGCAGUGGCCUUACAGCAUCGCACAGCAUUACCGCAACCUUUCUGCGAAGAAGUGCACAAAAAGGUGAUGGAGAUUGCGCCAGAUGAUGAGAAGAUACGAGGACAUGAGGACCACGCGAUAUUCAAGCAAGAGCAGGAUGAGCAGUUGUUGCUGUGGCUCAACAGACACCCUGAUGACUGGACACUGUCCUGGGGAGGUAGUGGUCAGAUCUGGGGCUGGGGCCACAAUCACAGGGGUCAGUUAGGAGGUGUGGAAGGGGCAAAGGUCAAGCUGCCCUCUAGCUGUGAGGCCCUGGCCCAGCUGAGACCUAUACAAGUAGUGGGGGGAGAGCAGACCUUGUUCGCUGUCACGGCUGAUGGGAAGGUCUAUGCCACAGGCUAUGGGGCAGGAGGAAGGCUGGGUAUUGGAGGUUCAGACUCUGUGGCCAGCCCCACGCUGCUGGAGUCCAUACAGCACGUCUUCAUCACCAAGGUGACCGUGAAUUCUGGCGGGAAACACUGCCUGGCGCUGUCUGCUGAGGGAGAGGUGUAUUCCUGGGGAGAGGGAGAGGAUGGGAAACUUGGACAUGGAAAUAAGAGUCCAUGUGACAGGCCUCGUGUGAUAGAGAGCCUGCGAGGCACUGAAGUGGUUGACAUCGCAGCAGGUGGCGCACACUCUGCAUGCAUUACGUCAGGUGGUCAGCUGUACACAUGGGGGAAGGGAAGAUAUGGACGACUUGGUCAUGGGGACAGUGAAGACCAACUCAAACCCAAACUGGUUGAAGCUCUUCGAGGGUAUUUUGUCCAGGAUGUAGCCUGUGGAAGUGGUGAUGCUCAGACCCUGUGUAUCACCAAUGAUGGCUCAGUCUGGUCCUGGGGAGACGGAGACUAUGGGAAAUUAGGUCGAGGCGGCAGCGAUGGCUGUAAAGUUCCAAUGAAGAUAGACGCCAUGCAUGAGGUGGGUGUGAUAAAGGUAGAGUGUGGGUCUCAGUUCUCAGUGGCUCUUACCUCUACUGGAGCAGUCUAUACAUGGGGUAAGGGAGAUUACCACAGAUUAGGGCAUGGAACAGAUGACCACGUGAGGCGUCCCAAGCGUGUGACAGCGAUUCAGGGGAAGAAUGUGGUUCACAUCGCCUGUGGAAGUCUGCACUGCGUCUGCUGCACUGACACAGGUGAGGUGUUCACAUGGGGUGAUAAUGACGAGGGUCAGCUGGGAGACGGCACCACCAACGCCAUCCAAAGACCCAGACUGGUGGCCGCCCUGCAGGGCAAAAUGAUCAACCGUGUCGCCUGUGGCUCUGCCCACACCUUGGCCUGGUCCACCAACAAGCCCAUCCAAACCAGUCGUCUGCCCUCUGCCAUACCCAUGGAGUACAACCACCUCUCCAACAUCCCCAUACCCGUGCUGCGGAACCGUCUGGUGCUCCUGCAUCACUUCUCGGACCUUUUCUGUCCGUCUAUUCCGAUGUUUGACCUGGAGGGGGCAGUGGAGGGACAGCAGAGAGGUCCACUCUUGGUGACUGAUGCACUACGUGGUAUACUGGUGUCGGCAGCCAAGGAGACGUCUUUCAGAAAGGUUGUUCAGGCGACCAUGAUAAGAGAUCGUCAGCAUGGCCCCGUGAUUGAGCUGAACAGGAUACAGGUGAAGCGGUCUAGAAGCAAAGGUGGUCUAGCAGGUCCAGAUGGAACAAAGUCUGUGUUUGGCCAGAUGUGCUCUAAGAUAGCAGCAUUUGGUCCAGACAGCCUGAUGUUACCACACAGGGUGUGGAAGGUCAAGUUUGUAGGUGAGAGUGUGGAUGACUGUGGGGGUGGCUACAGUGAGUCUAUCGCCGAGAUGUGUGACGAGUUACAGAAUGGUUCCACCCCAGUCAUCAUAGUGACCCCCAAUGGCCGGGAUGAGUCAGGGGCAAACAGGGACUGCUUCCUGCCCAACCCUACCUGCAAGUCUGCCCUCCAUCAGAGCAUGUUCAAGUUCCUAGGUAUGUUGAUAGGCAUAGCUAUCCGUACAGGCAGCCCUCUCAGUCUUAACCUGGCUGAGUGUGUGUGGAAACAGCUGGCUGGUAUGCAGCUCAGUAUUACUGACCUCCAGGAGGUGGACAAAGACUAUGUGCCAGGUCUCAUGUGUAUCAAGGACAUGAGCGAGGAUGCUUUAAGCGCUGCUGAUAUGCCCUUCAGCACACCAAGUGCAGCGGGGCAUGAAGUCCAUCUGAAGAGCAAAUUCUCCAAGAUAACCACUGAGAACAGAAAUGAAUAUGUGCGACUCGCUCUCAAUUACAGAUUGCACGAGUUUGAUGACCAAAUACACUGGAUGAGAGAGGGUAUAGCCAGGGUUAUUCCUGUACCUCUUCUGUCUCUCUUCACUGGAUAUGAAUUGGAGACCAUGGUUUGUGGUAGCCCAGACAUCCCUAUCAACUUACUGAAGUCUGUGGCCACUUACAAAGGCAUUGAUGCAACAGCUCCUCUGAUUCAGUGGUUCUGGGAGGUCAUGGAGGAAUUCACCAAUCAGGAAAGGUCUUUGUUUCUACGUUUUGUCUGGGGAAGAACACGUCUGCCCAGAACUAUUGCUGAUUUCAGAGGAAGGGACUUUGUUCUCCAGGUCCUGGAUAAGUACAGCCCUCCAGAUCAUUUCCUCCCAGAGAGCUACACCUGCUUCUUCCUCCUCAAACUCCCACGCUACUCCUGCAAGAUAGUUCUAAGAGAGAAACUGAAGUAUGCCAUACAUUUCUGUAAGUCUAUAGACACGGACGAUUACGCACGCGUCGCCCUGAGUGGAGACCCCAUGGAAGACGACUCUACGGAUGAUGUGCAGUCCGAUGAUUUUGACAGUAUGGAUUCUGAUGGAGACCUGGUGUACGGAUCUGAGUGAAUUAUUUAUUUUAUGGGGCUACAUAUUUAUAUUUAUAUGGUCAAAAAACUAUUUGUGAGUCUGAAGAAACGUUUUAUCUGCUUCAGUAUCACCAAUGUGGAUGGAGACACCUUAAGUAUACAUUUUAAGAAGAAAAAGGGCAUCUUCAUUGUUGUUAUUAUUAUGAUUAUGGAUAUUAUGUAAAAACUGUGUUGCAUUUAAUUAUCUGUAGCACGAAUGAAAAGAGGAAGCAGCCUGGAUCCCCGUAGCAGAAUUGAAGUAAUGUGCCAGUAUCAAAACAUUUGAAACUUUAAUGUGAUAUGUGUUGUACAGUGCUCUCUAAUUUUGGGUAAAAAAGUGAUGGCUGAACAGAUACAGUCAUCAAACUUUGGUCGAGAUCAUUUGUUUGAUUUUAUUAGCUUUUGUUGUAAAAUGUUAUGAUAUUUUUGUUAUAGAAAAAUGGAUGUUUUGGUUCAGUAGUGAGUAUAUGUAUUAUUAUUAGCUCUGCUAACUAAAGUAUAAGUGGGUCCUCAUGCUUCUAAUUAUGUAUUGAUACAAAAGUGACAAAAUUUUGAUUAGAGAUUAAUAAGUGCUGGGUAGUGAUUUACAUUAUACUUAGAUUUAAAGAAUUUGAUCUGACCAUGUAAUUCCUCUCUGGAUUUUAAAAAUUUCCAUGGGUAUUACAGUAAUAUGUGCCAUACACAUUUGCCUGUAAGUUGCCACAAAGCCGUGGACACUAUGUAAUACUAGACUUUUUCAGAGAGAACACUGUACCCUUAUAACUGAUGCAUAUUGAUUAAAACUAUCCUAGCACAGAAUUAAGUUUAAAAAAUGUCACCAGCCCAUCUUUGUUCCAUCCUCUAACUCAAAAUUAGCACCAUUGAACAGAAAUAAAUUAACAGCUCUCAUCAGCACAAUACUUUACAAAGUAAAAAUAUAUAGAUGGUCAAAUAGCACCUUGUACUGAACAGCAGUAAUGUGAAACAGUAGCCCCAUGCCUCAAUGGUAUAUGACCAGGCUCAUUAUCCAUGCUACCUGUGGUUGUGUGUGUUUUUCCUAAGUGUUGUCCAUUUGUGUGUGAUACAUGUACCUCAUAAUGUCAGUAUUCUUUCUUUAUUAAUGCCAUCUGACCACACCCUUGCAGUAUUAUGAUUCUGAUAUGAAAUGACAUCAUAUCCUUGUAUUUGUGUUAUCCACAAAUUCCCAUAAUGCUCAAAAGGCUUUCUGUAGUUCUGUUAUUUAAUUGGAAGCUAUUGGCUGUAAUUUAUUUUUAUCUGGGUUUUGUUCUUCAUGGUUAUGGCUGACUAGGGCAUUAUUGCAGGACACCUUUAUUGCAUUGUAUUGUAUAGGAGACAUUCCUCUAAUAGAAUAAAGGGGAUGCUCAUUGAAGUGUAAAAACUUGCACAGAUAUUUUGGGGAUUCUGUGCAUGGAAAAUGAAGGUUAAAAUGCUUAAGCUGUGUAGUGGACUAAGUGACUGCAUGUUGUGGUCAGUGUACACCCAUGUAAACACGGUAAUUGUAGGUCAUAUAGGUAUAAAAUAUAGAAUGCGCUACAUGUACAUUGGUUGCUUUUCUGACAGUAGCCUAUACUAAUUGAUAAGCUAUGUUUACCGGUACAUGUACGAUGUACAUGGAUUGAACAUGUAUAUUCAUUUUGAUAUUUAAAAUGUGCUUAAUAUGUAUAUGAUAUUUGUACGUGUGUUGGAGUAAUUGGUUUGCGGAUGUCUGUAAAGUUGUGUAGAUUGCUUCAGUUAAGUGGACAUCCAGCAAGCUUAUGGUACCUGUAGGGGCCCGU